AUGGUUACUCACGGCUACUACGGUGGUUACUCGCUUGUUCGCUCCAGUGCAAUCGUUGGCUCUGGGGCGAAUUCUGGCUGCAGUUGCAGCUGCAGUUGUAGCGGUACAAAUGCGGCUUCUGCUAAAGAUGGGGCAAGGGUAGCAGGACUUUCCCGGAUGAAUUUUGCUUCAUGCAACAGCGAUUGGAUGCCAUCUCUCGCCACAUCCUCGGCAGCUGGGGCACGUUCCACAGUGACGCCCGGUGAGGCUAUGGAACCUCUGGCGUCUAGCACGGGCACGCUAGCACGCCUCCCCUUCCUUCAGACUCUGUGGGCGAUGCAUAACUUUUACCGCUUCAUGCCACUCUGUGUCACGGCAGGUACCGCUUCAACCCUUACCCCUGCUGCUGCUGCCUCUACCACCACCGCCGCCGCCACUGCUGCAACCCUCCCCACACCUGUGUCUCCUGCAGCUGAGAUGGAGAAAGUGUCUGGUGCAGCUUUAGCGGGGGAUUCUAAGCAUGUGGAUGCAAAAAAAACGCGGCCUGUCAUUCCAAUGCCUAUCGGCAGCGACACGUGGACUGCGCUUAGUGAUACCGUGCUUGCAGCUAAAACUGGCGUCGUCGCGACAAGACAUAGUUUAAAACGUCCAGUGCCUCCACUGGCUAUUGGCGUGACCGAUGCGGACCUUGAUAAGAAGUCAACAAACAGUGGCCCAGAACCACUCUUCCGCGAUCUAUUGGGCGCUUCUUCGCCAUCCGAAGCGCCCACCUACACCGCCUUUACAUACAACAGGAACAGUAACGAAAAGAGGGAACCAAUCCCCGUGGAUGUACUUUUUUCUGCGCAGCAGCAGGGACAAGAAGAUCGGCAGAAGAAGCGUCAUCAUCAUCCCGUCCCACCUGUCCCAAUUUCUGUGAGUCCGCUCUUGUUGCCCAAUGCAGAGAACACAUCAGGGCCUGGGGAGGGCUUGCCGUUAUUUCAAAAGCAAACUGAGGAGGCUGAAGUUGUCUCAGAUGAGGAGAAUUAUGUCUUGCGUUCGCCCUUUCAAGGGAUGAAGCUGUGUUCUUCCAGAAGGUCACCCACACCCAAGCAGACGCAGCAGGAGAAGAGCACGAUUCCUCUUUUAUCUAAUGGUAUAAAUGGAGCUGCUAGACAUGGUACUCAGCACCAGAAUCGCUUGUUAACGGAAGGUGACGAGGACACGCCUCAGUUUGAGGAGGACGAUGAGGAUGCUCUGGAGCAUAUUAAGCAGCUAGUCAAUAUUGUUCUCUCUGUGAAUGCUUCUGAGAAUGCCUCCACGGAUGCAAAGGAGGUUCCCAAGCCAAUGAAGAAGCUGGAGUUUGACAUGGAGUGGAUGAAUGCCAGUUUUCACAACCAACAACAGACCCCCUUUUUUCAAGGCUUGUAA